CAUUUGACAACACAGUAGAUACAAAAUUAAUAAUGUCUCAACAAAACAUAGGUGGUGCAAGCUCUUCAAACGAUGAAGGAGCAGCAGGUAGCAGUAGGGAACAAGACCGUUUGUUGCCUAUAGCUAACGUUGGUCGCAUAAUGAAAAAUAUUCUUCCACCAAAUGCAAAAAUAUCAAAAGAAGCAAAAGAAACAAUGCAAGAAUGUGUGUCUGAGUUUAUUGGAUUUGUGACUGGUGAAGCAUCGGAUAAGUGUAGAAAAGAGCGUCGGAAGACGGUCAACGGCGACGACAUUUGUUGGGCUUUAGGAACAUUAGGGUUUGAUGAUUAUAGCGGAGCUUUGAAGAGAUAUUUACAUAGAUAUAGAGAGAGUGAAGGUGAAAAAGUUAAUCAAGAACAAGCAGGAGGAGGAGCAUCAGGAUCUAAUCAACCAAGAAAUUUGCUUGAUUAAUUAUAUAUAUUAGGGUUUUUAUUUUCAAUUAUCCAUUUUUACUAUUCAAUACAAUAAUCCAUCAUUUUCAAAGUUAAUUUGAUUUCUCUUUUCUUCAUUUUUCUAACAAGUUUAAUUUCUUUUUGUAAGAUCAAUUUUUCUUUUUUGGGUAUGGGUUCGAUUGAUAUUAUCUAGCUCUUUACAAAAAAAAACUUGGUUUUAUGAUUUUUUAUAAGAGAUCUUUGUAUUUAAAUAAAAGAGAUCUGGAAAAGUUAUUUUCUUCUAUUCAAAUUGUAAGAGCGCAAGAGAUCUGAAUUCCUCCUCAAGUAUGCCAGGUUAGUAGAUUGAACUGUGUAUUUGGUAUGUGGAAAAUACUUUUUAGGAAAUUACUUUUAAUUUUUCUGGUGGUCAAAUAUCCAAAAAUAUUUUACAUUAAAAGGAGAAAAAUGAUUUUCUUCCCUUAUAUUCCCCCCAAUUAAUAAUCUAUAUAAAUGUUUUCUAAGUUUACAAAGUGUUUGAUAACGAAAAUAUUUUCCUUCCUAUCAAACACAUCUAUAUUACUGGUUUUAUUUUGUCUCGAGUUAAUUCUUUUAAUUUCCAUGAAAAUUUUCUACUCUUAUAUGUUAUUACAAUUGUUGAUGAGAACUAAUUUGGUCCUUGAUUUAAGCUAACUUUCCCUUUCUCUUCCUUCUUGUACUGUUUGGUUUGUAGUAGGAAUUAGGAAAGUGAAAGAAUACAAGAGAAAAAGAUUAAAUCUA